AUGAAAGGCGGUGCGAGGUCGGGUGGUGGCGCUGCGCGAAAGGGGGCGCAAACCCUAGUGAGGUGUGAGGUCGGCGACGCGAGAUCUGGGGAAGAAGAAGAUUUUUUGAGGGAGAAUAAGUCGACGGCGGCGAUGGAUGUUUGGGGAAGAAGAAGAACGGCGCGAGGUUUGUGGUGGACGGCGGCGGUGGAGAGUGCAGAGUUGCCAGAGGCAGCUCUGCCGACUCUGUCCGACUCAGCUUUGCCCCGACUCUACGACUCGGCUCUGCCGACUCUGCUCUGUCGAAUCUGCUCUGCUCUGCCGACUCCCCCACUACAUGCCACAUCAGCUCAGUAUUACCACGUAGGCGACAGGUCAGCUUGGUAUUACCACAGAGAAACGGAACCAGAAGAUUGCAUUACCAGUAAUUGCAGUGAGAUUCCACAAUGGAGUUAUGAAGCCAAUUGGAUCAUCGCUCACGGCUCUCUCGAAUCUUCCGUCACCGUUGAGUCUUCUGACGACCCGAUCGCAGAACCCGACCCAGAAAAUACGGCCUCUAAAUUUCCACUGAUUCUGAAGCCUCGUAGCCCCGAUUCUGGCCAUUGUGAAAUUAAGAUAUGUUUUAAGCAAAAGUAUGAGGUUGGGCAAAUAUAUGUUCGGAGCACUGCUCGUGCAUAUGAGAUCUAUUAUGCAACUUCUCCUCAUUGUAUCAACGAGUAUCUGUCUACUGUUCGGUGUGGUGUUGCUGAACGAGGUGACAAAGUUCUCGAAACCUGUUGUGUUGAAGAUGUUGCCGAGGAGCAUGGGAAGUCCUCAUCAGGAGACGUAACUGCAGAAACUGCUUCAAGUGGAGGAAGUGCUGCCACUAGUGAGGAUGAUUGGGUUAAGAUAAAAGUCCCUGGGACUGGGAGCAGUCCUGCUUCAGAUAAGACUGGUACCAAUAGAUUGAACAACAUACAGGACCUAUAUGAGGCUACGGCACAGAUAAGUGAUUCAGAGCCUUGUUUGUCACUUACAAUUCGAUUAUUAUCACUUCAAGACAAAGGACAUGUAUAUGUGGAUGAAAUAUAUGUGUUUGUGGAUCCUGUGGAGUCAACUGAUUCGGGAAAUGGGGCUGCGUCGGCAGGAGGCUUGGCACAAAGUUCUCUUAUGGCCAUGUUCAUGCCAACCCUUGUGCAGUUAUCAAAAUCGGGUGUAAGCCGAGCUCAAGAAAAAUCUGAUGAAGUGCUUAAGAAUAGUAAGAUGGAAUCCGUAUCAACAAUUAUUGACAAAAUUGAUUCUCCUCAACAAGUUGUGAUGCCAAAGGAACAUUGUGAGGAUACUACUGAGUCAGCUGAACAUCAGCAACACACUUCUGCAAAGCAAUGUGGUGAGGCAGCAGAUGCCAAUGGUUUUCAGCCAAGCCAUCUUGAAACAGCUAUGGAACAGCUCGUCUCUCGUCUGAGUAGAGUGGAAGAUAUAUGUUUGAGGUUCGAAGAGAAAAUGUUGAAGCCAAUAGAGAGGAUAGAGGCAAGGCUUCAACAAGUUGAAAAUCAACUUGAAAUACUUGCCAAGAGUUCUCGUGAUUUUGGUUUGCCACAUUGCACAAGAAUCUCUGCCCCUGCAUUUUCAUGCAGUGAAUCAAACGCAAGCUCUUUCUACAAUGAUGAAGUUGAAAAGAAGGAUUUUGCAAGUGAUAACAUGCCUAACUUAUCCCUUGAGGCAAAUUUUAAUCCAGGCCUUACUAUAACUGCUCCUGAAUUUUCAUAUGGUGAAGAUGAUGAAGAUAAUGAUGAUUGUAAACCAUUGGAGGAUUCUCCUCGUAUGAAGCCAAAGAAAACUUUGUCGGUUGAUGAUGCUUUGGCAGCAGCACUUAACGGGUUUAUGUCUACUGCAGUCAAUCCUUCUUUACCUAUACAAACACCUAUAGAGACCCUUGGUGAUGUAAAUGAGGAAAUUCAGUAUCAGGGGCAUGCUAAAUCUUGUCAAAGUGAGACUAGAGAAUUCGCUGCUGCAGAGAAUGGCAGUACAGAGUCAUCACAGAAUGCUCAUGCCUUUAUAGUCGAGGCUCCUGAUUUUAUUGUGGAAGAAACUGGGAGUGAGGAGCAGCUAAAUUUUUUCCAGUCCUCGUCAGAUGUGGCUUUUGUUACAGAAAAUAAGAAAAGGGACUAUGGUAAUGAGACGGUCCCUCUUAAGCAAUGAUUCUGUGAUUUUGGUAGAAAAGAAAGCACAGAUGAGUUUGGUUCACCAUCUAAUGGUAACUCCCCUGCUGCUUCUAAAGGAUUCUUGAACGAGAGCUCCAAAGUAAAUAUGAUAGAGACUUUUUUCGAAGGGAAUAGUAGUAGUGGUUGUGCUGAAAUUACUAAUGGUUCUGCACCUAAUCCAGCCAAGGACUCAACAGACACCCGCAUGCACAACAUUUCUGAUGAAAGUAAGUAAGCCCGAUGAUCAGAACAUGUAUCUGACCCUUCACAUGUUGCUUCUUUAGACUUCGAGUUUCCUAUUUUAGAAGUGAAAUUCACUUCUGAUUUGCACAUGAGUACGAAGUCUGCCCUUGAAGCUCUUUUAGAUGAUGAAGCAGCAGAAUCGAAUACUGAAGCUCCUCCCAUCGAUACGAUAGAGAUUGAUGGUGUUAGCACUAAUGGGAAUGAAACAACGUAUGUUUUGUCGACAAACUGCCUCUUGGUAGAUCUUGCGGUGGUCUCUUCACAUUUGGAGGCUGCAGGAUCUCACAGCCUAUCUCCUACAAGCAGCUCGGAAAUGGCCGUGACUCUCAUCUAAUACUUUUCAUGAAUAUCGAGUCCUUAUGUAUAUAUGCUAUGGAUAAAAUCGUUAUACGCUGCAACCUUUCUUUUUGUUGGACUAUAUCAGAAUUGAUGUAUAUAUCGAAUUCCUAUUCACAUUGCGAAAGUAUGCCGAUUAACAAUGAAAAAAAGAGAAUGUUGAGAGAA